AUGGCAUCUGAGCACGGUUCUGAUUCAGAAGAGAUAUUGGAGAGUAAAAAUACCUCAAAACCUGAAACGAAUAACACAACAAAGAAUAGACAAACUUAUAAUAUAAACAACUCUGAUAAUUCUAGAACUCCACUCGUGACAGCAGUGCUGAAUGGAGAGAACUAUCGCACAUGGUCAAGAUCAAUCAAGAUGGCUUUGCAUGCAAAGACGAAACUGGGUGCAGAUAGGAAGAGAGGAGAUGAAUAUCACUCAAGAUUAAAUUGUGAUCAUUGUGGGAAAAUUGGAUAUGUCAAGGAAAAAUGCUUUGAGAUUGUUAGAUAUCCAGCAAGUUGGGAAUCACGAAGAACUCAAAGGAGAGAACCUAACAAACCAAGAGGGCAUCAAGUAGAAAAUCUUGCUCAAGCCACUUAA